CAGAGCUAUGGAAACUUUAACCGAACAACAAUUAGAAGCAAUGCGACAGCAACAAGAAAAGGAAAAGCUUGAGGUCAGAUCUGAGGAAAUUGGAGCUACUCGACCUCAGUCCUCCUCAACUCAGGAGACUGAGCCGAAAGAGGUAGAAGUUCUUGAACAAGUCCAGAAGAACGAGCCGACAUUUUUGAAGCGGAAUUAUGUUAAGGAAUGAGCUCUUUGUAACCAGCUCCCUUGAUGCCCAGAGCACUGAUGUGACUGGGACUCCUGAAACUGCAAGAGUUGCCCUGAAUGUAUCAUUCGAAACCAAACUAAGGAGGUUGGAGUUAGCCUUCCCAUAAAAAUCAUUAAGAAAUCUGCAAUCAUUAAGGCUCCUGUUAAGAAGCCAAAGCCAAAGAAGGCGAAGAAACAUAUCCGGAUUGGUCCAGAGCCCAAAGAAGGAACAAGUGAUAGCCUUCUUAUCACAAAUUUUGAAGUUGAAGAGCAAAAAUAAAACUUUUGAUGUCAGGAAAGGAGUCAAAAUUUACGGUACUGGAGUCAAAGGUCUCCAAGCACUUAGGACAUACAGGGAAGAAGAGGUUGAGGAAGAGCCGACAGAGAUUAAGAGAAAGAAAAUUAAAAUUAGAGCAGGUAAAUUUAAGAAGGCUGAAUAGCACCCAUAUUUGUU